AUGGCUACCGAUCCCUCACUCCAGGAUCCCCUUCUGGCGCUGCGCCGCGCCAUUGCGGCCGGCAGCUUGCCCACCGCGACGACCUCCUCCGACCUCUCAACGGAGAACGCAACCGAAGACCUGGCCAAAGCCACGCAUCUAUAUUUUCAGCACCCCUUACCGCAGUCUCUCGCGCUCAACCUGCCUACUCGCUUCAUCUCAAGCUCCUCCGGCUCCCCCGUCGAUCUCCGCGGUAUCUUCUUCGCGUACCAGAAGAAGGACGUCGCGAUUCCCGAGUACAUCACCUCAGUACAGGAGCUGAACGAGGCACUUAAGAAGAAGGAGCGUGGGGAGGGAGUACCUGAAGAACAGGCGCAAAACCUUACGUUCGUCGAGCGAUUGGAUCUUAUUACAUGGUUGGAAGGUGCUUCGGAUGAGAGUGAAUAUAUCAAGCCGCUAGAGGGAGCUACGGGCGUCCCCUCGUCGGCGGCUCAGGCUCAGGCAUCUUCCAAUGUUGCCUCUGGUGCGGCGGGUGUAUCUACUGCGCCCAGUGCUGCUCCUGCGGCGGGGGCUGCUGGUGGGAGAGCAGGGAAGGUCAUUGACCCCCGGCUCCAGGAGAUCUACAAUGGGGAGCGAAAGAUGGGAGACCGCAACAGUGUUCUACGGGGAAUCAAGCAGACGGACUUCUCGCAUGUCCGCAAAAUCGCCGAAACCUUCCUCGGACGAAACCGAUCACGAACAGGCCAAUACGCUCCAGGCGCAAAGCCCGGAGCCAAACCACACUCCAUGAUCCCAGCGCCCUCAGCCGGCCUCUCUCAACCCCGCAAGGGUACCUCCAAAACGCAGGACCCCAUCAUCCUCCUCUCCCCCUCUGCCUCCUCCCUCAUCCGCAUGUCCAAUGUCCGCUCAUUCCUCGGCGACGGCGUCUUCGUGCCCCCAGACCACCCAACCCUCGCCAUGUCCAGUGGCGCCGCCAGCAACAUCCUCUACAUCCACCGCCCCCUCGGCAUCUCCGACCCUUCCUCAUCCUCCCGCGCCAUCGGUUCCCAAGGCCACGCCCGCAAGCCAACCCGCUUCAUCCUCGUCGACAGCACAGCGAACUUCAAGCCAGACUACUGGCAACGCCUCGUCGCCGUUUUCACCACCGGACAAACCUGGCAGUUCAAGUCAUACAAGUGGUCGUCGCCCCCGGAACUGUUCAAGCACGCCUCCGGCAUAUACGUCGGCUGGCGUGGCGAGGAUGUCCCGCGUGACGUUCGCGGCUGGGGCCGUGGCGUGCGGAGCUUCUCCGUCGAGCGCUGGGACGACAAAGGCGGCGUUAACGGGUCAGGGCGCUGGCGGGAUCGUGAGGUCGUGGAGGGGAUUUGGACGGCUAUAGAGGAGGGCAUGAAGCUGCGUGGGUGGGGGUCUAAGUAG